AUGCGCUGGCCUUUUGGCGAGUACCCGUCGUGGCGUGCUGGUGGCGUCACCGUGAACAACGACGUCAUCCCCCCUCGAGGCACUUGGAACGACCUCGGGCCGACGUGGGGCACUGGCAACUCCGUGAAUGGCUACGCCAUCUGCGACAUCGUGACGACCAUUCUCCAGCAAACCAACAACCAGGCAGGGACCAGCACAUGCGGCCCCUCGGCAAUCCUUGCCGCUCUCAACUUCAACAAUCCAAUCAAGUCUCUCAAGUAUGCGCUCGAGCUGCUUUGGACGGGCGGCAAUCGGGCGCUCCCGAAGCCCACUUGCGAGUACAUCGUCGACAACCAGCCUGGCCUCAUUGCCGUGCCCAAGAAGUGCGACGUCAUCGACAAGGACAAUUGCCCGGCAUUCAAGGCGUGCAUCGAUGCGAAAGGCAAUGAGAACGACUGCAAACUCCUUGGCUACGGCAGUCCGCUCAACCCCGUGGGCAUCCAGAGCAUGUCGACGCAGGCGUGGCAGUCGAGCUACUUCUCGUCAGUUGACGGCGCCGAGUGCACCGAGAAGUCGCUCGGCAUGAACUACGAGGGCGGCGACCUGAAGGCGGUCCGUCAGGCGCAGAUGUCGAGCCCUGCGCUCGAGAUGUACCUGUGCAAGUACCUGCUCAACGGAGGUCAGGACUGCGUGUUCGAAUUUAACGCCAAUAAGGUGGUGGAGCUCCCCGCCUCGUCAGCCAAGCAAUGGGUGCAGUUCCCCGGCCUGACUGGCUCUGACAUCGGGCAGCUCCAGGAUUGCCUCGAGGGCCCUGCCGCGUUGGAGACUUGCGUGGCCGACAAGGAGAAGCAUAACCCGCGCAUCAACACGUUUAUCCAGGGCAUCCAGAAGGAUGCCACAGACCCGACCCAGGGAAAGCAGGCCGUUCAGAGCGUCUUCGGCUCGAUCCAGCCGUCGUUCACUUCUGCCUCGCUCGAGCAGGCAUGCCACAAGCCGGGCGAGGCGGUCUUCUUAAUCAAAGCCGCCUACAUCCAGAGCAACGGCGAUAAGCUGCCUCAUGUGUUUCCCAACCAGCCGCCACUGGCCGAAAAUGACAACCGUAUGACGCCAGCGGCGAUUGCCUACCCCAACCUUGAAGGGAACGACGGCAAUUGCGACCACUGGAUCGUGCUCGAGUCGUGCAACGAUGACGACACGUACACAUUCUGGACCUGGGGCUACAAGGUUCGCAUGUCGAAGGUAUACCUGCUGGGCGACACCGUUUCGACCUCGGUGCCCACCGGCGGCAUGAUCUGCGGGGCUGUGCAUACGCCACUGUCGUCCGGAUCGGGCUCGGACGGAGGUCUGAGUGGAGGACACAUUGCUGCCAUUGUCCUCGGCUCCAUCGCCGGCGUCGCCUUGCUCGCCCUGGCGGGCUUUGGCAUCCACAAGACCUGCCAGCCUGCAGAGGUCGGCUAUGGCGCGGUGGAUGCCGAGAGUGUGGUCGUCAUUCAGAAGUCGGCUGACGCUGCCGCGCCCCUUGUCUGA